UAUUAGUCAAAUGAAGAUUAAAGAGGCGCUAAUUAACCGCUAUUUACUGUACAAUUAAGCAGUUGUAUAUGAAGCCUGUAAUAAGAAUACAACGGCCAUAAAAAAUGCAGCCGUUCGCAUCCGACGACGUCAUCGUCGCGCUUUCCAGAUUAAAAAAAAUCGUUAUCAUCAUUCGCAGUUGUGGGCAACAAUUUCAAUGUUGACCGUGAAAGUAGAUAUGAGACUCAUCAAAACGAAAAGUUAUAAAUACAAAUGCAACUGUUCAAAGGCCUCCACCAUAUUGACGCGCUUGCGCGACGUCUUUAACGCGUUUCAAUAUACGAGAAGUGCUAGAAAAAGGAAAUAAAGAAGACACCAAGCGCUGAUUGCUCUAGGCACGUUGUACUGUUUCUGUUCUAUCGAUCGCGUGCUCAUACGUUUUUCUAGACUUGUGGGGGAUUUUUUUUUUUUAUCCAUCGGUGGGAGGGAAAGCGCGCGCUGCCCUCGAUCACGAUCGAUUUGCGGUGGAAAUCAUGACGGAGACGUUGGACAAUUUGAUCGAUAGACCCGAGGAAAUAUCAAAGGUCCAUGUUCACAUACCGUACCCAAACGAUAGUCGUACACAAUGGAGACAAUGGCUGGCGUCAAUUUCCGCUACAUUAUCAAUGGUAGCAGUUGGUACUGUUUAUGGUUGGACAACGACAAUGCUGACUCGUCUUGAGAAGAACAAAGAUGUACCAUUACAGAUAACCAGUGAUGAGGGUUCAUGGAUAGUAUCAAUAGCUGUGAUAACGUCAAUGGCAGGUUCUUUUAUUGGUGCUUGUCUUGCUGAUUUAUUUGGACGUAAAAAAUGUUUACUGAGUACAAGUGUUUUCUUCAUCAGCGGUUGGAUUAUUGUUAUAUUUGCUAAUAAUGUUAUUUGGUUGUACGUAUCACGUGUUAUAUUGGGAAUUGGAGUUGGUAUGUCUUAUACGACAAAUCCUAUGUACGUGUCGGAAGUUGCGGACAUCAACAUACGUGGAGCAUUAGGUACUCUAAUUGCUGUCAACGUCUUCACUGGCUCGCUAAUCACUUGCAGCGUGGGACCAUUUGUAUCGUACAACACACUUGGUAUUGUUCUCCUGUCUAUCGCCGUAAUCUUUGUUGUGUCUUUUGUAUUCUUCCCGGAGAGCCCCUACUACCUGGCAAUGAAGGAUCAAGAGGGUGAGGCUCUUCAAGCGAUCAUGUACUUCAAGGGAUGCAGCAAUGAUGAAGCUAGACGAGAGUUGGAUAUAAUUAUUAAGAAUAUUAAUGAGAAUCAAAUCAACUCGGAGGAUUGGAGGAUGAAGACCAAGAGAUUGUUGUCGCAUAAUAAUAGGAAAGCUUUUGUUAUGAUUUUGGGACUUAUUGUGACGCAACAGCUCAGUGGAAAUUUUACUACUAUGCAGUACUUGUCCAAGUUCUUUGAUGCUGCCAAUAUUGGGAUUAAUUCGGAUUAUGCUACUAUCAUUGUUUUUGCUGUUGGACUUGUGUCAGGAGGAGUGUCUACGAUAACUGUUGAGAAGGCUGGAAGGAGACCUCUUCUUAUUUUAUCGGCCUUAUUUUGCUCGAUUACUUUGGGCAUUUUAGCUGUUUAUCUGCUACUUAAUUCGAGGAAGAUCGAUUUGACUGCUGUUAAUCUUUUACCGGUUCUUCUUGUGAUACUGUUUGUGAUUGCUUAUCAAGUUGGCAUUGGGACAUUGCCAAAUGCCCUCAUUGGUGAAUUAUUUCCAACAUCUGCCAAGAGUAUUGCUGGUGCUGCCAUUACGAUUUCAGAUGGAGUUCUUGGAUUUGUUGUAUCAAAGCUGUAUCAGAUUAUUGGUGAUGCUUUGGGAGAGCAUUAUGUUUAUUUCUUUUUUGGGGGAUUUUGUUUUGUCGCAUUUGUCUUCAUUCUGUAUUAUAUACCGGAAACGAAGAAUAAGAGCUUUGGGGAGAUUCAGGAGGAGCUUGCCAACAGUUGUGUUAAAUUUUCGGUUAAGAAAUGUUGGCGGUCAUCGGAAAAUGACCACAGAACUCGGGGGGGAAAUAGUGACGAUCGUAUUGUUUGACAUUUGGGGUCUUGGAAAGUCAAUAGACGGCGUUUGACACAAACAGUGUUUUGAUAUUUCAGAGAUAUUGAAUGUGAACGUUCAGGGAAGCUUCGAGAUUAAGCCGUCUGGAGAUCUUUUAGCCAAUUCGUCUUCUUGCGAUAUUAUUAGGAGAAUUUCUCGGGGAAGUGGUCAAAGCGGAUGAGUUUAAAGCUUUUAUAAGCUCGGAAAAACUUUUGUAGGUAGUUAAGUUGCGUUGGAAAUCGCAGUGCUUUUUUUUAAUGGUGAAGAUUAUAUGGAGAGGAAAAUUCGGGAAAAAUUAGGUGUCCGUUCCGUAAUCUGCUGGUCGAAAUAGUAUUUAGUAAAAAUUACGGAACAGUUGCGCACUUUUUCAGUGACUUUUCAGUGAACGUUCAGUGAAAACAUUCAUAAAUGUAUCGUACACAGAACGCGGAAAUUUGAGGUAAAAAUUAGACUCUCGGGGGUGAAACGAGGGACGAAGGUUAGUUUUAUUCGGAAAAUUACUCUCCCACGUCUAAUUUUUCCAAUAAAACUUAAUCUAAAAAGUAGUUGACUGUCAUUUCAUUCCACGUUUCGCCUUCUAAACGUCUAAUUUUUAUUCAAAAUGUUUUUCGGUGUAAUUUUUACCGAAUAUUGUUUUGUCUAGCAGAUUACGGAACAGACGCGGAAUUUUUCAUAAAUUUUUCUCUCGGUGUAGCAUGACGUGUCUGCUAUCACCACUUUUUUGGGAUAUGACUACAUCCGUUGACAAUUUAAUAGAAUGUAUUUAAAGUUUAUUUGUAUGUAAAGUGACGAUUUUUAUAAAAUGAAGAAAUGUGAGCUUAAGGAAA